UUUUUGUCUGUCCUCUCCGGGGAAGUUUGUAUGGGGCUACUUGCUCACAUGCGGGGUCAGAAUGGUGUGAAUGACAGCGGCACUGUGUCAUGAAGGUGGUGGUGGUUUCAGCACGAGACACCAAAUAAGAAGAAAACUGAGAGAGAGGGGAACCGUUUUGGAUGACAAAGGAUGGGUUUCCAUUUAAUUACGCAGCUGAGAGGCAUGUGUGUGGUGCUAGUGCUACUUCCUACACUGCUGCUUGUCAUGCUCACGGGGGCUCAGAGAGCUUGCCCAAAAAACUGCAGAUGUGAUGGCAAAAUUGUGUACUGUGAGUCCCAUGCUUUCGCAGAUAUCCCUGAGAACAUUUCUGGAGGGUCACAAGGCUUAUCAUUAAGGUUCAACAGCAUUCAGAAACUCAAAUCCAAUCAGUUUGCCAGCCUUAACCAGCUUAUAUGGCUUUAUCUUGACCAUAAUUACAUUAGCUCAGUGGAUGAAGAUGCAUUUCAAGGGAUCCGUAGACUGAAAGAAUUAAUUCUAAGCUCCAACAAAAUUACCUAUCUGCACAAUAAAACAUUUCACCCAGUUCCCAAUCUCCGCAGUCUGGACCUCUCCUACAAUAAGCUUCAGACAUUGCAAUCUGAACAAUUUAAAGGCCUUCGGAAACUCAUCAUUUUGCACUUGAGAUCUAACUCAUUAAAGACAGUGCCAAUCAGAGUUUUUCAAGACUGUCGAAAUCUUGACUUUCUGGAUUUGGGUUAUAAUCGUCUUCGAAGCUUGUCCCGAAAUGCUUUUGCUGGCCUGUUGAAGUUAAAAGAGCUCCACUUGGAGCACAACCAGUUUUCCAAGAUCAACUUUGCUCAUUUUCCACGCCUCUUCAACCUCCGCUCAAUUUACUUACAGUGGAACAGGAUUCGCUCCAUCAGCCAAGGCUUGACAUGGACUUGGAGUUCCUUACACAACUUGGAUUUAUCAGGGAAUGACAUCCAAGGAAUUGAGCCGGGCACAUUUAAAUGUUUGCCCAAUUUGCAAAAACUGAAUUUGGAUUCCAACAAGCUUACCAACAUCUCACAGGAAACCGUCAAUGCGUGGAUAUCAUUAAUAUCCAUCACUUUGUCUGGGAAUAUGUGGGAAUGCAGUCGGAGCAUUUGUCCUCUAUUUUAUUGGCUUAAGAAUUUCAAAGGAAAUAAGGAAAGCACCAUGAUAUGUGCAGGACCUAAGCAUAUCCAAGGUGAAAAAGUUAGUGAUGCAGUGGAAACAUAUAAUAUCUGCUCUGAAGUUCAGGUGGUCAACACAGAAAAAUCACAUCUGAUUCCCCAAACUCCCCAGAAGCCUCUGAUCAUCCCUAAACCUACAACCUCAAAAUCUGACCCCAGCCAGUCCACCCUUGAAAUGCCAAGUCCUUCCCCCGUGUUUCAGAUUCCUGGUGCAGAGCAAGAGUAUGAGCAUGUUUCAUUUCACAAAAUUAUUGCAGGAAGUGUGGCUCUCUUUCUUUCGGUGGCCAUGAUCCUUUUGGUAAUCUAUGUGUCUUGGAAACGCUACCCAGCCAGCAUGAAACAACUUCAGCAACACUCUCUUAUGAAGAGGCGGCGGAAAAAGACCAGAGAGUCUGAAAGACAAAUGAAUUCCCCUUUACAGGAGUAUUAUGUGGACUACAAGCCUACAAACUCUGAGACCAUGGAUAUAUCAGUUAAUGGAUCUGGGCCCUGCACAUAUACCAUCUCUGGCUCCAGGGAAUGUGAGAUCCCACACCACGUGGCGCCCUCGCCGUACUACAGCUACGAGCAGCCGGUGAUCCGGUACUGCCGGGCCCACCGGCCGCUGCAGGUCUGCACGGGCUACGAGGCAGCCUCUCCAGAGCAGGACAGAACUCCCGGCCUGGAGCUCGGGCCUGACCACAGCCUCAUCGCCACCAUCGCCAGGUCCGCAGCCCCAGCCCUUUACCUUGAGAGAAUAACAAACUGACCUUGAAAGGCAACUCCUCACUGGGGAAUUCGUCGCGGGGAGGGAGGGCCUUCAUCUUAAAGGAGAAUGGGUGUUCAAAUCGCGCACUCCAGCCGGCUCAUCGUUCCCAAGUCAUUUACGACAUCGACGAAAGG